CCAUGGCAUGCUCUCGAAAGAGACGACGACGACGACGACGACGAAGCAAAGAACCCAAAAUGCGCACUGCCCGUGACUCCAUUCCUUCUCCCCCGCCGCCGACGAUCCCGUCCGACGAGCUCGUAGCCAGCGCUCCACCACCGCCAUCCUCUUCAUCAUCCUCCUCCUUCGCCUACAGCCCAAGCUUGCUCAUCAUCGCCGCGAUCCUCGCCUUCGUCAUCGCCGCCUCCGCCUCUAUCCACCUUCUCCUCCGUCUUCUCUCCCGUCCGGCUACCGCCGGCGCUUCCACCGCCUCUCCAUCCCCUCCUCUCAUCCCACUUCGCACCACCUCCACCUCCUCCUCCUCCUCUUCCACCUCCUCCUCCGCACCAGACCCAACCCCAUCAACGAAUCGAGAUCCCAAAACCCUAAUCCAAUCUCUCCCUCUCUUCACCCUCGCAUCAUCCAUGGCCUCCAUUCCCAAAUCAUCGCCGGACUGCGCCGUAUGCCUCUCUCCAUUCCGCCCCGACGACGAGCUCCGCCUCCUUCCGGCGUGUCACCACGCCUUCCACGCCGCCUGCAUCGAUGCCUGGCUUCCAUCCACCCCAUCUUGCCCUCUUUGCCGAGCCGCCGUCGUCGUCGUCCCACCUCCCCCUCCUUCCGAUCCCCAACGACCCCCGAGCUUCCGGAUCGAGAUCGGCAGCGUGAGUCGCCGGCGAGGAGGAUCCUCUCUCGACUCCUCCGACCCUUCCGCUCCUCCUCACGCGAGAUCCUACUCCAUCGGCUCCUCCUUCGAGUACCUCGUCGACGAGGAAGUGGAGGCAGUGGUGGCUCGAGUUCGUCGGACCAAGGAGUCGUCCGGCGCCAGCGAAGGUCCGGCGGCGCCAGGGGAGGAGGUGGCUGGGGAGGCUGGGGGAACUGGAAGAGGCUGGCUCCGAGACUACGUCGACAGGCUAACCUCAUCAGCGUCGUCAUCGUUCUCAUCGCUCCGGUUCUCCAGCCGCCGCUUCGACGGCUCCGGCGCCGGCGCCGGAGCACGGCGAGAGAGCUGGGACUUGGACGCUGGGGACGAUGGCAGUUACUACUACUCAUCGUUCUACAAAUGGCUUGUAGGGGCAACAUCGUAAAUACACCCCCCAAAUUACUGUAAAAAAGGACAAGAAACUCGAUGAAUUUUACCCGACAUGCCAUCAAGUAUGAUCGGACGGCUCAUUUUGCAUCCCGGAAGGUGCGGGAAUAUUAAAGCAUGAUUAAGUGAAUGAGUAAAUGAGAUCGGUUUCGCGGUUUCCCGAGAGAUUUUUACUGCGUCUUAAAGUGGACCCAAGAUAUUAUAAUGGUUUUUAUAGUUUU